AUGAAUGUGUGCAAAGACUUUGAAAGAAAAAGAAUUACUGCUGGUGGUAGUAACACAUUACCAAAGGAAAGCGCAAGUGGCAAGCAGCAGAGAAAAGUGCAGAUGAUAAAAAGUCCUUAUGCUUUUUCCGAUGUUGUCCCUUCCACCCCACCAGAACUCCAGGUUGAUUAUUCCCAUUAUUGUCCAGAUUUGUGCUGUAUCACAAUGAUGUUAAAAUGGACAGUUGAACUUCACUUUGAAGAUAAUGGUCUUGAGUAUUGGAGACUGUCUUUCCGUUUUGCGGUUGUCAAGAUGAGUUACAAUAAUGCUUCAAUGGGCUCUGGUAGCCGAACAGCAAGGAGGACUUGUGAAUUUGGGAGGACGUAUGUGGUGAGGCCUAAAGGGAAGCACCAAGCUACAAUUGUUUGGCUGCAUGGCCUUGGUGAUAAUGGCUCCAGCUGGUCCCAGCUCCUGGAGAGCCUUCCACUACCCAAUAUUAAGUGGAUAUGCCCUACUGCUCCUACUCGUCCGGUGGCAUUACUUGGUGGAUUUCUUUGCACUGCUUGGUUUGAUGUUGGAGAACUUUCAGAAGAUGGUCCAGAUGACUUUGAAAGCUUGGAUGCUUCUGUAGCACAUGUAGCAAACUUACUAUCAACAGAGCCUGCUGAUGUUAAACUUGGUAUCGGAGGCUUCAGUAUGGGCGCCGCCACUGCCCUCUACUCAGCUGCUUGCUUUGCACAAGGAAAAUAUGGAAAUGGAAACCCUUACCCUGUCAACUUGAGGGCUAUUGUUGGUUUAAGUGGCUGGCUACCCGCUUCCAGGAACUUGAGGCAUAGGAUCGAAGGAUCACACGAGGCUGCUAGACGGGCUGCAUCUUUGCCCAUUAUGCUUUGUCAUGGCAUGUGUGAUGAAGUUGUCCCUCACAAAUAUGGCGAAAAGUCAAUCCAAGUCCUGAGCUCAGCUGGCUUUCGAUGCCUCACAUUCAAAAGCUAUGACGGGCUUGGUCACUACACCGUGCCUAAGGAAAUGGAUGAGGUCUGCCAUUGGUUAAAUGCACGACUGGGGCUUGAGGGUUCGCGAUAA